GUGGACGAAGGUCUUUCCAACAUUCUGAGGCAUCUAGCAAGCUAUACCGCCUAUUCACUUUACAAAAGCAUCAAGAGGCUUCCUGAAAUGAAAGUUACGGGUUGCACAGAAGCAUUUAUGGUAUUCGAAGGUGACAGAAACUCCGUUGUGGACAAACGUGACUGCAGCUGCAGAUGUUUUCAAAACAGCAAUAUGCUAUUGCCAUGCCGUCAUCUAGUUCAUACUAAAUGUCAUAUAUAUACCAGUCUGG